AUGACGAAGGAAGUGAGCGAGGAGGCCGUCCACCAGCGCGGCAAGGACUACGUCGACCCCCCGCCGGCGCCAUUCAUCGGCGCCGGCGAGCUGAAGCUCUGGUCCUUCUACCGCGCCCUCAUCGCCGAGUUCAUCGCCACGCUCCUCUUCCUCUACGUCACCGUCGCCACCGUCAUCGGCCACGUCAAGCUCAGCGGCGCAGACCAGUGCGGCGGCGUCGGCCUCCUUGGCAUCGCCUGGGCCUUUGGUGGCAUGAUCUUCAUCCUCGUCUACUGCACCGCCGGCAUCUCCGGCGGACACAUAAACCCGGCUGUAACCUUCGGUCUGCUCCUGGCGAGGAAGGUGUCGCUGAUCCGCGCGGUGGCGUACAUGGUGGCGCAGUGUCUCGGCGCCGUGUGCGGCGUCGGCUUGGUAAAGGCCAUCAUGAAGAGCCCCUACAACCGCUUCGGCGGCGGCGCCAACUCCGUCUCCCAGGGGUACAACAUCGGCACGGCGCUCGGCGCCGAGAUAAUUGGCACCUUCGUCCUCGUCUACACCGUUUUCUCUGCCACCGAUCCUAAGAGGAGCGCGCGUGACUCCCAUGUCCCGGUUUUGGCCCCACUACCCAUUGGAUUUGCUGUGUUUGUGGUCCAUUUGGCAACAAUUCCGAUCACCGGAACCGGCAUUAAUCCGGCUAGGAGCUUCGGAGCAGCGGUUAUCUACAACAACGAAAAAGUUUGGGAUGACCACUGGAUUUUCUGGGUCGGACCAUUUGUGGGGGCAUUGGCAGCAGCAAUUUAUCAUCAGUUUGUUUUGAGGGCCGCAGCUGUUAAGGCGCUGGGGUCGUUCAGAAGCAACCCAACAAACUGA